GCACCUGCCGCACCAUCUCACCACCACCUCGUGCGCCCGCCAUGCGUCCCACGCUGUCGCGCGCUCCUCCCACCUCCAGCGGCGGCGGGGGCAGCAGCAGCGGCGGCGGCGGCCUGGCCUCACCCCGGCCCGGCGCCUCCUCACGCAGCGGCAGCACUGGCGCUGGCAGCAGCAGCGGCACGCUCGGCAGUGCGCCGCCGCUCGCCACGCUCUCGCCGCACACGCGCUGCUCGGCCGUCGCGCUGCCCGUGCCGCCGACGGCGCAGCUGCGAUGCAUCACCUACACGGGCGCCGCCGAUGCGCUGCGGGCACACACGCGCACUCUGCUCGCCGCCGCCACGGCUGCGGCAUCUACAAGCCAGCCUCUAGGUCUUGAUGCCCUCCUCGCCGGUGCUUUCCCGCUGCUGCUCUGGCCACGCGCGACACCGGCAGCCGAGAGCGAGCGCGCUCCUCCUGUGCCGACCCCAACACUGCCGCUGCCUGUUACCGGCAAGCGCAAGACACGCGUCGCCGCAUCCGUCUCCGAGGCCUCGCUCGCCGCCGAUGCCAGCUGCAGCAGCAGCGGCGCACGCACGCCGGCUCCGACCAGUGCGCCGCGCGCGCCGGCCAAGCUGUGCGUCUUCGAGGUGUGCCUCGCCGCCGCAGAUGCGAGCGCGCCGGUGCCGACGGUGCCCGAGGGGCUUCAGCAGCACAGCUGCACCGAGCUACCACUCAAGGAUCUGUGGACCGCUCAGCAUCCACAGGCGGCUCUCGCUGUAGCACCGCAGCGCGCCCGUCUGUAUCGGCUGCUGUGCCGGGCGCUGCGCGAGCGCAGCGUGCGCGAGUGGGCGCGCUGUUCAGCUGCGCGCGCCGCGAUGGCAGCGGAGCCGCGCAACGCCUCUCCGCCAGACGCUAUGGCGAUGCGCGUCGACGAGGAGCGCGAGGAGGGCGAAGAGGGCGAGGCGGAUGCGCCAGCCUCACCUCUCGCGCCCGAACGUUCGGCGUCCACGUUCCUGCCGCUCUCGCAUGGCCUGAUGCAGGUGCCGCAUCUGCGCAGCGGCAGUGAGACGUCGCCCUUUGCUGCCAAGCCGGCGUGCACCUUCGCACAGAUGCGCAUCGCCCUCACGCCCGACGCGCUACAUCUCUCAAUGCUCCUCUCCAACUGCACGCUCUCGCCCUUUGGCGCGUCGCCGCCGGCGCGCCGCAUGCCCGUGCUGCUCUCGCCGUCGGGCCUGAGCGCAUCCUUUGUCAUGCUGCACUCCAUGCCCUCGGCCGAGCAAGCGGCGCCGCUGCGAGAGACACUCUCGCAUCAGGGCAUCGCGCUGCCGUCCGCCUGCAGCUGGGCACUCUGUGCGCGCGCCGAUCCUGCGGGCGGCGAGGAGCACCUCUUCCUCUAUCCGACGCCGCUGCUGUUGCUCGACAAUGCGGCAAGCCAGCAGCGCCCUGCUGCUGCGCUCAGUGCGCCACGCAGCGCACCUGCCAUGCCACUGCGCGGCCUUGAGCUCGCCACGCGCGCGGCUACCGAGCUCGCAAUGGAUGCGGCGGCGCUGCUACGCGAGGCGGGCGCUCCGCUGCUGCAGAUGCCUGUGCUGCCGCCAGCACCAGUCUUGAAGGAGCCGCCGGCCGCAAGAAGGGAGGGCAUCGCUCUGCCCGAGCGGACGCGGCCUGCGCCUCCUGCCGAGCCCGAGAAGCCGCCAGCGCCGGCGCCAGGCACUGCAGGCAAGGACGAAGACAUGGCAGCGGCGCCGGCGCUGGAGCUCACAAGCGAAGCGCCCGCCGAAGAAGAUACAUCGGCGGGCGAGGAUCUCUGGGGCGAUGGUAGUGGCGAUGAGGAUGCCGCAGAGGUCAAGAUGGACGACCCGCCCGACGACGCAAGCGAGGAGGACGACGUGCCAUUGGCGGUGCUGCGCAAGACGACGGACGCCAGCAAGCCGGCCGGCGAGACUGACUCAGCCGCACCUGGCGAGGUCAGACCCGAAGACGUGGAGCUGCCUGCCAGCCCGCACGCGCGCGAGACGCACGCGACGAGCAACGGCUCUGCCAUGUCGCUGCUUGACUCGUCGAUGCAGCUCAGCGCUUUUCCCUCGCCGGCGGCAUACGAGGCGCCAGCUGCGCGCAGAGAGGCAAGGGACGACGACGCGAUGAGCGGCCUUGACGAUUUUGGCCUCACCGAGGAUGACUUUUCGUUCUUCGAUGACGGCGCUGCCUUCGCCGCGCCUCAGGCAGAUGCGCUUGCGCCUGCCGCCGCCGCAGUAGAGCAGACUGUCGUCCCAGCGGUGGAGAGCGACAAGGAGGCGCCGGACGAGGUCUUCUCGAUGGACCUCGACGCUGCUGGCGACGUCACACAAAUGGAGGAGUCGCCGCACGCAGAAGCCGUCUGGGCGGGCGCAACGCCGGGCCCGCCGACCGCGCCAUCGGGCAGCAGCAGCGAGAUGAUCUCGCACUCGUCGACGUCGGCAAGCGUCGGCAGCAUUGGCGGCGGCAGUGCCAUGGACCCGCCGUCGCUGCCCGGCUUCACGCCCAGCUCCUUCUUCUCCGCCAGCUCGCCUGCGUUUGGCGGUCUGCUGGGCAAGACGCCUCUCACGCCCUUCUCUCCGGCCGACGGCGACCAGCACAUUGGCAUCGUCGGCGCCGACGGGCAGUACGGCCCGCCGGUGCGCUUCGGCGAGGUGCCGCAAGAACGCCGCGACGAGGAGAGCGAUGCUGCCGGCCUGCUCGGCACGUCUGGCGCAUCCGUCUCGCCGCAGAAGAAGGGCAGCGCAGCGAUGGAGGCGCUCAGCCAGCAGCAGCGGCUGCGCGACAUGAGCAACAAGUAUCAGGGCGGGCGCUUUGCGCCGCAUCCCCGGCAUCCUUCCACAGUCGGCAGCCCUGACCGACAGACUGGCGUCGCUCGGCGGCCAAGCCUGGGCCGCACGCUCAGUCUGCGCGCGGCGCAGCGGCGCAACGAGAAUGUCGCCGUCACUGCGACGGACUGGCGCCCGCCGCCGCUGUCGCCUGACGAGGGCAAGGUGCGCAAACGCAUCGGCUCGCGCGGCAAUGGCUACACGGCGCUCAGCAUGCCGGCAUUGCACAAGCUGCGCCUGCUGGACCGCGCCGAGGAGAAGGAGGCCAUGUCGGAGCAGGACGACGCCAGCGACGAGGGCAGCGAGGACGGCGCCGACGAGGAUGAGAGCAGCGCAGAGGAGAGCGCGGCUGAGGAAGAGCAGCAGCAAGAGGAGAUGCUCGAGCGCCGCACCGACAGAUUGCUCUUGGCCGCGUCCGAUCUGCUGGCGGCGCUCGAGAUGGGCGCGGCGGCAGUGCAGCAGGUCGAUGCAGCUCCGGCACUCGAGCUGCCCAGCGAGGUGCGCUCCCCAAACGAGUCUGCGGACUCCGACGACUCGGAUGACGAGGACGAGAUGAUCGCCACGAGCUCGCCGGCGGAGCUUGAGGACGAGCGCGACCGCCGCUGGAACAUUCUCGUCAACUGGCUCGUCUCGAAUCCGCAGAUGCGUCACACUGCCUCGCAUGGCCCCGGCCGCCGCGGCACGCCUUCACUGGCGCAACUCGUGCCGGCGCUGCACUGUGCGGCGGCGGUGCGAGGGCUCGAGGCGCUCACGGGCACGCCUGCUUCUCUUGCUGCGCUCCUGGCUGCACCGGCAGCAGAAGAGGUAAAAGACAGCAGCAGCGCAGACACGUCGGCCGCCUCAACUCCAUCAAGCGGCGCGCGGCUCGAGGUGCUCGAGGCGCCUGACCUGCUCGUCGGCUGCCAGGGCAGCGUGACGCGCGUGGCGCCGACGGCGCUGCGCUUCUGGGACAAGCUGGGCCUCUCGGCAGCAGGCGGGCCACGCCGUGUAACCGCGUUCGCGCUGCACAUCGAGAGCGCGCCGGCGUCACAGGCCACCGAGGUUGCGCGCUGGCUGGCCAGGCUAGAGAAGACGUUUCAGACGCUCGGGCUGGGCACGCACGAGGCCAGUCCUGACCACGUGCUCGCGCUCGCUGGCGAAGUGGGCAUCGCGCAGUCGAUCCACGACGUCUCGGGCGAUGCCGAGACGUGGAACGACACGCUCGACUCGCUCGUCUCGCGCAUGAAGCCAUACCUCGGGCCCGGGCGACACGUCGUGCUCUACGCGACGGGCAACCCGGUCUGGCCGAUCCCGUUCCACGCCUUCGUGCGCCUGCAGGACGGUCUGCGGCGCAUGGCGCGGCGCACGCUUGGUGCUGCCGGCGAUCAGAUCAACGUGCGGCCGAUCCCGAUGCUCUUCGUCGCCGAGGCAAGCCUGAGCGCAGGGUUCCUCUCGGCGCACAGCGAGUUCGACCUGCGCCGCUUCGCCCUCUCCGUGUACGAGGACUUGCGCGUCGCCGUGGCGCCAGCCCGUCCCUGCCCGCCCUCGCAUGCACCGACGCGUGGCAAGCACGGCGCAGCAACGCCACUGCUGCAGUACCCCGCCUUUACACUGGAUGCCGCGCGCACCGUCAGCCCGCGCUUCGAGUUGGCAUGGCCGGCGGCGGCGAUCAACGUGCUGCGGCGCGGCACGCUUUUGCACGUCUGCUACGACCUUGGCGCACAGCCAGACGAGCCGGUGCUCGUGAGCAUCAUCGACGAGCAAGGGCAGACGAGCGAGAUGCGCGGCUGGCGCAAGAAGGGCAGUGUCAAGGCCGACGUCGAGGCCGUGUGGCGCGCCGCACUGCACUCGUUCCGUAGGACCAGUGCAGAGCUGCGCAUCGUCGUGUGCAAAGCGGCGGCCAUGGAGCACGAGGAGCUGCAGGCAUGGACGAGUCUGGCGUCGCGGCAUGCCUCUCUCGACGUGACGCUGAUGUGCAGCGACGCCUCGUCGCCGCUGGCGCUCGCAGCCGCCCAAGACCUGCCAGCACGAGCCCUGGCGCUGCGUCAGAUGCAGCGCACUGCGCCGCUGCUCAGCGACGCCGGCGGCGCAGUGCUGCUUGACGGUGCAGUCUCCAGCUACGCUCUCUAUCCGGCGCGCUGCUUUCCUGUCUGGAGCAGCGAAGCGUCCGAGGAGGCAAUGGAGGAGGACACCGCCGCCGACGAGGCGCCGACGAGGCAGCCGCUGCUCAGCCUGGCCUCAUCGUUGACGGUGCGCAUCCCGCGCGGGUCAGACGGCAGCAGCCGCAACGCCAGCCGCGGCGGCGUCUCGAGCGACGUGCGCUACGCCGGCGGGGCGCCACACUUUCUUUGGCUGCAUCUCCUCGCCGUCUUUCCCUCGUCGCGCAGCAGCAGCAACAGCAACGGUAGCGCGGCAGCGCCACCUCCAACGCAGCUCGACGCCGCAGAGGUGGCGCAGCGCAUGCGACGCAUCACGCUCAACUAUCACGCCCUCGAGCUGCUCGGGCGCGAGCGCAACGAGCUCGACUCGGGCCUGCCGUGGCCGCUGGGCAUCAUCGACGCCGUGCGACCCGGCUUGGCUGCAUGCACUUGAGCUCGCCCGGUCAUGGCCGCUCUCCGUUGCCGGCCGCGUCUUUAUCCUUCGUCUGCCCCUCUCUUAUUCCUGCGGCGCCUGCUGCUGCUUGCUAUGUGUCCUCUCGCCUCAAGUGGCAUCGCCCGUGCUGCUCGUCACUGUACUUCUAGACACCUGGAACCCUGCUGCCCUUGACCA